AGUAUAUCAUCGAUACAACAGUAAUUCAAUAUUUUUGUACUCUCAAAACUGUUGUCGUUUUUGUUUAUGUUUCCAAGCUCAGGGAAUAAUACCCUGUGCCCAGGAGGACUAUGAGGGCAAAACCAAAAGGCUUUAAAUGAGUAAUAGAGUACAUUUUUCUUUUCUUUAGUUAUUGUGUACUAUUGACUUUUUUAUUUGCUCUAAUAAUUGUAUAUAACAAAAGAGAAAAAGGAACUAAUUUAAAUAUUGUGUUGAUAUUUUUAAACUGUCAAUAGCGCUCACCAUAAAUACAUAUAAAAAAUUACAGAUUCACAGUUAAUACAUGUGAUCAGUAUUGGUAUCUCAAUCAUUAAUGAUGGAAAUCGGCAGCAUAAAACACUGAUUGGAACAUCCCUAUAGUAAGAUCUUUGUCAAAGUGCGUAUCACAGAAAUGAAUUAUGCUUUAUUAACAAAUAAACCUGCUUUAUUACCGCAGAUGCAGUCCAUUUCUAGGCAUAAAAGUGCAAAAAAAAGUAGGGAAAUGCUUCGUCGUGAUGAGGAGGUGGUCAAAGAGAUGUGCAUGGCCAAUGGAAUCUCCUAUGAUGACCUCUCUCAAGAGGAGCUUGACAUCACUUUCUUGGAGAUCUUCUUGAGUGGUUUUCCACGAAUGGUUGGCCUUUCUUACUUCCCGAAGCUGCGCCAUCUUAAUAUUGUGGGGCAGGACAUAAAGCGCAUUGAGGGUCUUGAAAGUCUACCUUUACUCCAGGAGCUCUGGGUAGUCCAGUGUAAACUGACUAAAAUAUCUGGACUCCAGUAUUGUCUUGGGCUCAAGAAACUCUUCUUGUAUGAUAACAAAAUCAAUGAAAUAAAGAAAUUAAAAUUGCUCGUCAACAUAGAAGUACUGUGGCUCAACAAUAACUCCAUAACACAUAUACAGGGCUUGAACAAGCUUCAAAAGCUAAAAGAACUAAACCUUGCUGACAAUUAUAUUCAAAGAAUUGGGGGCAGCCUUGAUAACAAUGUCAACCUUCACACUCUUAAUCUGUCCGGGAACAGGAUCUGCUCCUUCAAGGAGCUGACUCGGCUAACCUGUCUGCGCCGGUUGAGAGAACUUGCACUGAGUGACUCCACGUCAAUCCCAAACCCAGUGUGUCGGCUAUGUAACUACACGACACACGUCCUGUACCACUUGCCAUUACUUUUGCUACUUGAUACCUAUGAUGUAUCAAGCAUGCAAGUCAAGGAAGCAGCAGAGUCCACCGUAAUGAAGAAGAUGAUGUUUUACAACAUGCGUGCACACACUGCUCGGCAAAAUCUGUCGGAGAGUAGGCUGCAGCUUAUGGAGAAGAAGAAAGCCUCCCUGGAGUCAUCCAAAGAAAGCAUCCGGUCACUAAAUUACACCUUAAAAAAUCUUGAACGUGAGCUUUGGAAGAAGUCUUUAGAGGAUAGUUCGAAUCGCAAAGUGGAAGAUUUCAGCGCGGAAAUUGACACGUCUGACCCUCCCUUGGAGGAAAUACUACAGAAAAAAAUUGAAAAGCUAAAGAAGAGACUGGCUCUUUGGAUCAGGAGGCUGCAUGAGUUAGUUUGUGUGUUAAUGUUGAGAAACAACAAAAAAUAUAAACUUUUGUACAUUUUAUCCCAAGUCAAAAAUUAUGCUUUUUCUAUAUGCAGAACAGAAAGCUGGUAUCAACAAAAUCUAGACCAAACAACAUGCAUGAUGGAGGACACCGUUCAGUUUCUGUUGACAGAGCUCCAAAGUGUCGGAAAUAUUCGUUUGGAAGAAGGCAGCACCACAGACCCUUGGUUUAAUUCCUGUCAUGACCUCCUGCUCUCUCGCUUCUCUCGCUCGGACUACAUGAGUCUCGGUGUCUUUGGUGUUAAGGUCAACAGAGUUAUCCGCAUCCACAACAGUGUGCUGAGGCUUCGCUUUAAGGAGAAACUUCAAUCCCUGCUGGUUAGGGAGGACUCAGCUUUUACACAGAAUCAUAAGCGACUGCUCGAGCACUUGUUUUACAUAGCUGACUCUGAGCAAAACACAGACGAUGUUUUGUGCAUCCUUGAGGACGGCUUCAAAACAGCAAAAGAAUAUAAGGCUAUUGGAAAAGAAGCAGCAGUGCCUUUAUCCAACAGCCUGAUUGUGAGUGAACAGCCGAGAAUAGAAUAUUUUCUGGCUGAACAAGGGUGCCCCAAGAAGAGAACGGAUAAAAUCCCCUACAGAUAUGGUAAGGUUAUUCUUUCCAAAGUGUUUCUGGGACACAGCAAACCCAUCAGAGAGGGACAACCCGUGCAAAGAAGAACAUAUCCCAGAGCCUCUUCUGUUUAUCGCUAUGUGAGCGCCAAGCAUCAAGAUCGAGCACAUUGUGGCUCUCAUAACAUUCCUAGAGCAAAACAAUGGUUUGUCUUUGAUCAUGAUCUUGUCCUGCCAGAGUACAUCAUUUGUUUUGAAUACACCACAGGGGCCAGCGAACAGCUUACGUCUAUAGGCUGCUGCAUAUACGGCCAGGACCCUCCCACGUACGACCUCUCAAUAGACAAACAAGCCCUCGACAUGGAGCCUGUGCUGGAACCACAGACCAAGUUGUCCAGUUUGGAUGAGGAAAUGCUCCUAAAUGUGUCCAGAGCCAGUGUCCUCAGUGAGAUAACUGUGCUAAACCUUCACAACAACAGCUUGAGCAACAUAAAAAAGAUUUCCUCCCUUUCGGCUUUGCGCCAUCUCACCAUCAGCUUCAAUGAGCUCACCAGCCUCCGUGACAUUGCUCAUAUGCCUAACCUUGAGUUUUUGGAUGUCAGCUACAACCAGCUAGUUAGCCUUGAAGGCCUUCGCGGGUUGGAGCAUCUCAGACAUCUUGACGUGAGCUGUAACAAGUUGACCAAUGCCAGCAAAGAUUCGGCUGUGCUCAGAGUACACACACCUGCCCUGCUCAACCUGGAAACGCAACACAACCCCUGGAGCAAGCCAGAGGAAGUCCGAAUGACCAUAUUGAGCCAUCUGACAACUCUCAAACACCUUGAUGACAUCCUAGUUACACAGGAAGAAGCUGCUGAUGCUGUUCAAAAGACUACAAGAUGCACAAUUAACCAGGAAUCUCUUGUUGCUUGCUCGCAUACAAAUAAUGAACGCCCUCGUUAUCUCAGCCUUCUGCCAACAACCCAGCUUCUUUCUGAACGCUGUCCGUCACCUCGGGGCCUCAGCCAAAAUUUGCAGCCAGACUGGACUACGAAGAUCACCGCUCUAAAUUUUGACAACCAGAAGAUUUGUAAGAUGAGCAGUCUGGGUACCUUGGUCAACCUUCGCUGGGCGUCAUUUAAUAACAAUUACAUCUCUGAAGUAGAAGGGUUGGACUGCUGCAUCAAGCUGGAGGACCUCUCCCUCAAUAACAACAGCAUUAGCUCAUUUCACGGACUCUCAAACCUACAGUGUCUAAGCAAACUUAGCAUGGAUGGUAAUCAACUGUCCAGUCUGGACAACUCGGUCCUCGACGAGCUACAGAACUUAACUUUUUUGGCUGUGGAGAACAACCACAUCACUUCUCUGCAGGGCAUUCAAAGAAUCCGCAACCUUCUGGAGCUCUAUGUCGGCAACAACCAGAUUUCUGUGUCUCGGGAUGUCUAUUAUGUCAAGGGAUUGGCGAGCCUGAUCAUCUUGGAUCUUUAUGGUAAUCCUUUAUGUGAGAGCUUAAAGAACUAUCGUAUAUACAUGGUGUUUCAUCUGCCGUCUCUAAAGGCUCUGGAUGGAACGGCAGUGGAUGCAGCUGAAUGUGAAAAUGCAAAGGCAACAUUUGGAGGACGACUCACACCAGACUUGGUUGCAGAAAAACUGGACCACUCAAACUAUGCCAACAUCACCAACCUUAAUCUGCCAUCAUGCUCCAUUAGGAGUGUGGAUAUGUCUCCAACAGACCUGUUCUUUAACCUACAAAGUGUCAACUUGGAUCACAACAGCCUCAUCUGCUUCUCAGGCCUCAUCCACCUGCCCAACAUCAAAGUUUUGUAUUUAAACUACAACCAUAUUGAGUCCAUCAUGCCCAGGCAGAAGACCUUUCUGACGAACAGACAGAUGCUACACAAUAAGGUGCACUCCAGUGGCUAUGGCCAACAGACUUUAUGCAAAGGAAGCAGGAACGUUGCACCGACUGUCAUCCUGGAGCCUCUGAUGAGCAGCUUGGAGGUGCUACAUUUGAGUUACAAUGGCAUCUCCAAUAUGGCCAAUCUGGAGCUCAGCAGGCUCACCAAUCUUAAAACGCUUUUCCUUAAAGGAAAUGAGAUCAGUCAGGUGGAAGGCUUGGAGGGUCUCCAGCAGCUCCGGGAGCUCAUGUUAGACAGGAACCGCAUAAGGGCCCUGUACGAGAACUCUUUCAUUUCCCAAAAGGUCCUGCUGGAAUUGCACCUGACAGAGAAUCGCAUUCGAGAGCUCAACCAUCUCUAUCCACUUGUUGAGCUCCGCAAGCUUUACCUUGGGAUGAACAAGCUACAGGACAUUGCAGAGCUUGAUAAACUUGAGGUUCUCCCCUCGCUGACGGAGCUCUCCGUCGUUGGCAAUCCGGUGGCUCGCACUUCUCUGCAUAGACCAGCAGUGAUGCGCAGUCUGUCCCAGUUGCAGGUCCUGGAUGGCCUGACGGUUACAGUGGAUGAGAGAAGCAAAGCUGAAAUCACAGACGCAACAGAUUCUCACAUAUGUGGAGCAACAAGCAAUGUUAUCACCAACACUCAGCCCAGAGUGUGGAUGAAGUGGACACAACAUGGUGACAAUAGUGGAGAAAGACAAACACAAUGUGAUGAGUGUUGUAGCGGUUCUACACUUGAGACAAACCAGCCUGGACUGAUGACCUAUAUACCCGUCAGAGGGAUGACUAUGGGUGGACUACACAACCUAAUUCAUGGCCACGACAUGCUCCCAAAUAACAAGGAAGAAAUCCAAUGCACAUCCAAGUACAAGAGACAGUCAGAGCGAAAUCCUCCAAGCAUCCAUGCUGAUAUGACCUCCAGACUGACCCGAAGAGUAAGAAACAACAUGAUAGCUGCAUGUACCCUUCCCCAUGGGAAGAAAGAGCAAUCCUACUACCAUGCAGGAACAAAAUACCAGGUUGAUGAAUCUUAACACUCAAUAGAUGUGAUUCUACUACUGGGACAAAAUCUUUUUAAAAUAAAUAUAUCAAUACACUUAAGUCCUAAAGUUUUUGGACAAAAUACAGAUUUUAUGUCUUUGCUACAAUUGAUUUGAAAUAAAACUGUCAAAAUGUGACUUAACGAUACUAUUGAGGAAUUACAGCCAUUUUAUUCACCAGUACCUCUGAUUUAACGGACUGAAAGGUAGUAUUAGUACAAUUGACACAUAAGAUGUUUGUUACGUCAACACAAAUGAAGCAAAUAAAAGUAUUGUGUUA